CUGGAGUGACCAUGGCUGACAAAGUUCUAAAGGAGAAGAGGAGGCUGUUUGUGGAGUCAGUGGACAGGGGUGUAAUAAAUGGAUUACUGGAUGAUUUAUUGGAAGUCCAAGUGUUGAAUCAGGAAGAAAUGGAGAUAGUAAGGGAAGAAAAUAAAACGGUCAGGGAUAAGGCCCGUGUCCUGAUUGAUGCUGUCAUUUGCAAGGGCCCCAAAGCCAGCCAAUGCCUUACAAAAAGUAUCUGUGAAAGAGAUGGACACCUUGCAGAACAACUUGGUCUGUCUUCAGGAUCUGAGACAGGAUUAUUACUAGCUGGGCCUAGUGUUCAAGUAUUGCUGAAAGAUUCUUCUUCUUUACCAGUUCCUCAGGCAAUCCAGGCCAAUGACAUAGACACACUCAAGUUUUGCUCCAAUGAAGACUUCCAAAGGCAAAGGAAGAAAAUGGAAGGACAGAUAUACCCAGUGAUGGAGAAAGUAUCCCGAACACACCUGGCCCUCAUCAUUUGUAAUAUAGAAUUUGACCAACUUCCCAAGCGAAAUGGAGCUGAAUAUGACAUCACAGGAAUGCACAACCUUCUUGAGGGUUUGGGUUACAGAGUAGAUGUUAAAGAGAACCUCACUGCUUUGGAAAUGGAGUCAGUGCUGAAGCAGUUUGCCUCGUACCCAGAGCACUGGACUUCUGAUAGUACUUUUCUGGUACUCAUGUCUCAUGGUGUGCCAGGAGGCAUCUGUGGGAAGGAUUACACAGAGAAAGACCCCCAAAUGCUUGAUGUUAACAAGAUCUUCCAAAUUUUCAACACUUCCAACUGCCCUAGUUUGAAGGACAAGCCCAAGGUCAUAAUCAUUCAGGCUUGCCGAGGAGGGAAUGAUGGAACUGUUUGGGUUAAUGAUUCAGCAGUGUCCUCUGAACAGAGAUGUAGCCAAGACCUACACAUCUUUGAGGAUGAUGCUGUCCGUAAGGCCCAUGUGGAGAAGGACUUCAUUGCUUUUUGCUCAUCAACUCCAGAUAAUAUGUCUUGGAGAAACAUCAAAAAGGGUUCUCUCUUCAUCAUCCAAUUAAUUCUUUGCUUCAGAGAGUAUGCUUGGUGCUGUCACCUGUAUGAUAUUUUCUGCAAGGUUCAACAUUCAUUUGAAACCCCAAUGGAGAAGGUGCAAAUGCCCACCAUUGAAAGAGCAACAUUAACAAAAUAUUUCUAUCUUUUCCCGGGAAAUUAAAGCUAAUAUACAGCAAUAACAGCAGCUGCUGGCUGUUCAGGAAGUCACAUGUAAUUCAGUACUUAUAUAAAACCAUCUCCUCUGGAAGGAUGUUUUAAUUACAGGGAUUUUUUUUAUGUUUUCUCAUUAUCAGAUUUUUUCAAUAAACAGUACAAUAAAUACAGAAUGAAA